GUUUGCUCCCGCGCUGGGGCAGGUCAGACCAGGUCUAGGAUAGUUCCGGGGCCUUCCCAUCUUGGGAGCCAGCUCGGCUCGGGCGACUUUUGUGGGGGGUUGGCGAGGGUUGGACGGAGUGCGGACUUUGCAGGGCCUGCCGCCCAGAUGAGUCCUACUGUGGCUUCCCGGCAGCCUAGACGCGUCCAGGUAAGGUUCCUGUGGGGGGCGGGAGAGAGGCGCAGAAGUGGCUAGUUCCCAGAUUUUAUAGGCCCCCAAUGGAUACCAUGUUGGAAGCCAGACUCCAGACCAAGCAGAGGAACACCCAGAACAGCCGGGAGACCAGCUUGUGGUCCUCAGGCUUUGGGAUGAAACUGGAGGCUGUUACCCCAUUCCUGGGGAAAUAUCGCCCCUUUGUGGGUCGCUGCUGCCAGACCUGCACUCCUAAGAGCUGGGAGUCCCUCUUUCACAGAAGCAUAAUGGAUCUAGGCUUCUGCAACGUGAUUCUGGUGAAGGAGGAGAACACCAGGUUUCGGGGCUGGCUGGUUCGGAGGCUCUGCUGUUUUCUGUGGUCACUGGAGCAGCACAUACCACCUUGUCGGGACGCCCCAGAGAAGAUCAUGGAAAGAACUGGGGUGCAGAAUGUCAUCUCAGGGAGGGACCCAGGAGGGGCUGGAGAAGGCCAGGUGUCAGGCCUUGUGAAGAAAGACGUACAGCGCAUCCUGGGCCAUAUCCAGGCUCCACCCUGCCCCUUCCUACUCAGGCUAUUCAGCUGGGCGCUGCUGCGGUUCCUGAAAUGUGUCUUCCUGAACGUGCAGCUCCACAAGGGCCAGAUGAAGAUGGUCCACCAGGCCGCCCAGGCGGGCUUGCCGCUUGUCCUCCUCUCUACCCACAAGUCCCUCCUGGAUGGGAUCCUGCUGCCCUUUGUGCUGCUCUCCCAAGGCCUGGGUGUGCUCCGUGUGGCUUGGGACCCCCGCACCUGCUCUCCCACCCUCAGAGCUCUGCUAAAGAAGCUUGGGGGGCUUUUCCUGCCCCCAGAGGCCAACCUCACCUUGGACAGCUCUGAGGGAGUCCUUACAAAGGCUGUGGUCCAUGCCGCUAUAGAGCAGCUGUUGGUCAGCAAGCAGCCCUUGCUUAUAUUCCUGGAAGAGCCUCCUGGGGUCCUGGGGCCUCGGCUGUCAGCCCUGGGCCAAACCUGGCUGGGACUGGUGGUGGAGGCUGUCCAGGUGGGGGUUGUCCCAGAUGCUAUGCUGGUGCCAGUGGCCAUCACCUAUGAUCUGGUUCCAGAUGCACCCUGUGAUGCAUACCACGCCUCGGCCCCACUGGGGUUGUGGACAGGAGCUCUGGCUGUCCUGCGGAUCCUGCGAGGCUGGGGCCGCAGCCGCCCAGUCUGUGUCCGUGUUCACCUGGCCCAGCCCUUCUCCCUACAGGAAUACACCAUCAACGCUAGAAGCUGCUGGGGCAGCAGGCAGACCCUGGAGCAGCUGCUGCAGCCCAUCGUGCUGGGCCAAUGCACUACUGUCCCAGACACGGAGAAGGAGCAGGAGUGGACUCCAGCAACUGGGCCCCUUCUGGCGCUCAAGGAAGAGGACCAGCUCCUGGUCAGGAGGCUGAGCUGUCAUGUCCUGAAUGCCAGCGUGAUGAGCUCGGCAGUGAUGAGCACGGCCAUCAUGGCGACACUGCUGCUCUUCAAGCACCAGAAGGGUGUGUUCCUGUCACAGCUCCUGGGGGAGUUCUCCUGGCUGACCGAGGAGACGCUACUGCGUGGCUUUGACGUGGGCUUCUCAGGGCAGUUGCGGUGCCUUGUGCAGCACACGCUGAGCCUGCUACAGGCACAUGUGACCCUCCUCCGCGUCCAUCAGGGGGACUUGCUCGUAGUUCCUCGGCUGGGUCCCGGCCUCACCCACCUGGCACAUCUGAGUGCUGAGCUGCUGCCUGCCUUCCUGAGUGAGGCUGUGGGUGCCUGUGCUGUCCGGGGACUGUUGGCAGGCAGGGUGCCGCCUGAGGGACCCUGGGAGCUACAGGGCAUCGAGCUGCUGAGCCAGAACGAGCUGUACCACCAGAUCCUGCUGCUGCUGCACUUGCUACCACAGGACCUGCUGCUGUUACAGCCCUGUCAGUCUUCCUACUGCUACUGUCAGGAAGUGCUGGACCGUCUCAUCCAGUGUGGGCUCCUGGUUGCCGAGGAGACCCCAGGCUCCAGGCCAGCCUGUGACACAGGGCGGCAGCGUUUAAGCGCAAAGCUGCUGUGGAAGCCAAGUGGAGACUUUACUGAUAGUGACAGUGAUGACUUCGAGGAGGCUGAGGGCCGGUUCUUCAGACUCAGUCAGCAGUCACGCUGCCCUGACUUCUUCCUCUUCCUGUGCCGCCUGCUUAGCCCGCUGCUCAAGGCCUUUGCACAGGCUGCCACCUUCCUCCACCAGGGACAGCUGCCUGAUACAGAGUCGGGCUACGCUGAGCAGCUGUUCCAGUUCUUGCAGGCCACUGCCCAGGAGGAAGGGUUCUUUGAGUGCGCAGACCCAAAUCUUGCCAUCAGUGCUAUUUGGACCUUCAGAGACCUGGGGGUGCUGCAGCAGACGCCCAGCCCUGCAGGCCCCAUGCUCUACCUGUCCCCUGCGUUCACCAGCUGGGAAAAUCAGGAGAAGCUGGAACAGUUCAUCCGGCAGUUCAUUUGUAGCUAG